AUGGAAGUGACUGACGGCGACGAGCGUCUUGCGAUGGACGACAACGGUUGCAUGGGCAUUUUGUGGUCGCUGCAUCAGCGGCGGAUCCAAUUUAAUCAGCUUGAGGAGAGCAUCCAAGCCACCGAAGAGGCAGCGGACGAACUUGAGGAGCAGCUUAUGGCAACAAACUUCACUGUCGCCACUCUUUUGGUGCAACGGUUCACGAGGAUCCCUCGCGAGAGGGCAAUGUACGUUCGGUCGGGGAGGUGGUUUGAGGAGACGCUGCCUAGGCUGGGCGAACAACACUUUCGUGCCUGCUUUCGUGAGUCCUCAACCGCCUUCCGGUACCUCGUGGACGUCUGCCGCUCGUCAAUGCAACGGCAAGACACAGCCAUGAAAACUGCAAUCACAGUGGAAAAGAGAGUAGCCAUCAGCCUGUACAGGCUCUGCUCCACGGCGGAGGAACGGACAAUCGGCCACAUUUUCGCUGUUGGACAAUCGGUGGGAAACGAGAGCUACCGCGAGUUCUGUGACGUUGUGAUUGAGGAACUGGAGGCCAGAACGGUUUCGAUGAUUGGGAACGAGGAUCUCGAGCACCACAUGCACGAAUUCCAGGCAGUCCUGGGAUUCCCCAACGCCAUCGGUGCUCUUGACGGCUGCCACCUGCCCGUGUCGCCGCCGAAAGACUCGGCUGUCGACUACCGCAAUUACAAAGGCUGGUGA